AUGUCGGAUAAUACUUCUGAUAACAAUAGUAAACCGGUCACAAUAAAACAAAAAGUUAGCGACGACGAAAAAAUGGAUUCGAAUGAAUGUGAAGAGCAACAACUGCAACAAAAACCACCGUCAAAAAAACGCAAAUAUGAAUCAAAAUCCAAAUUAACAACUUCCACCACGACCGCCACCAAACCCAAAAAAGAAAAAAAGAUUUCUAUGAAAAGACAAGCAAAAACUAACACCACCGCUAUGUCCAAUGAUGCGCCUCCAAAAGAACGAGCAAAAUCAAAUCCUUGGACCCUGGAAGAAGAUCGCAAGCUUUUUGAGGCAGUCGCUAGAGACGUGAAUUGGGGACAAAUUGCUAAAGAGGAUUUCCCAAAUAGGAAUCGUCAGGCAUGUCGGGCUAGAUGGUUGACUUUGAUCAAGAGAAUCGAGAGGACCUCUACUGUUAUUGAAAGCGAAGCUAAAGAUAAAACUAGCGAUGAAUAA